AUGAAAUGUAUGAUUAUGGAAGCAAUAAGAUUUAUUUUGACAAAAUUAGGUUUGGAAAGAUUUAUACCAUCGGAAAGACAAGGACAAGUUCGUAGAAUUACACAUGAAAAAGCAGUAUCAACAAUGGAUACAAAAAAUCGUUUUGCUAAAUAUUCAAAUCAACUAAAUGAUGUUAAAACUCGUUUACAACGUGAAACUUAUGGCAAUACACAUCCCGGAUCACGUGAAAAUUCCACAUACAAUAUCGUUCAACAAUAA